GGAUACCAAAGAGUGGAUAUCAAUAUCAUUCUAAUUCCCAAGCCUUGUCGCUGGCAAACUCCAGAGGUAAGCAUCGGCAAGGGGUUUAUAAACCCUUGAUAUCUUUAUCGUGGGAUAAGAAUUUAGAUCUGUCGUCGCCCUUGCUAUUCUACUAUUUUAUGCUGCUAGUGUUGGCCGCUUUUCUCAAUCUGUGUCACUUCGCCUCUGUCUUCACGUGGUUAGCAACGCCUAAGUUCUCACAUCAUCGGUAUACUCAUCGAGAUAUCGAGCUCCCACACAGCAAGCUUUCAGCCAUGUCUCGCAACUACAAAGACCCUCAAAUAAUCGGUUAUGCUCAACCAUGGAUUGUUUCACCAGGAGAGCCAGUUGAUAUUAAAAUUUCAUCCACCGAGAGAAACUAUUCUCAUCGUUUAGUACGCCUCAUCCAGGGCUAUAGCGGUUCUACUCAUGCCCCACCGGUCCAAGAGGAGGAGAUUACUGAGGUCCCUUCGGGAAAUCGCGAUGAUGGCUGCUAUCAAUCUGCCUGCUCGGGAUCUUAUGCUGUUAUACCCUCCUGGUCUGAAGUGCAUUGUGCAGCUGAAGAGGGUUUUGAAGUAGACUGUCAUGUGCAACCAUACUUGGUUGAUGUUGACCAUUGUCAAACAAUCAUAUCAUGCCUCGACGCAGGCUCUAAAACUGGAUUUUCCGUGGUUAUAAAGGAUUCAAAGGUCGAGUUUCUUAUAGGUACUGGCAGCGAAGUCGAUGUGAUCCAGAGCCAAUACCCUAUCAAUCGCUGGCGUUGGCUCCAUAUCCGUAUGAGCCUCGUUGGAAAGACGUUCACUUUGAACAUCCGGCAAUUGAACCGUCUGGCGGAGACUGCCCCUUCUGCAGAAGAAACGACCCAUAACUUGUCGGCGCCUAUGUCUUUGGGGUCGAAUGCUUUGCUUUUUGGUGCUGGCAUGUUCGAAGCUGUUGACAAACAGAGCUCCAAGCCGGCAUGCUUUUUCAAUGGCCGACUCGACUCCCCUUCUUUUACCGCGACAGGGCCCACGCGGCGGAUAGUAGCCCAGUAUGACUUUUCUUGGGGCAUUUCAAGCGACUCUAUUGUCGAUGUUUCUGGAAACAAUCGACAUGGUGCCCUCAUCAAUGCACCAACACGAGCCGUCAAGGGAUACAACUGGGAUGGUUCUCAACCUGAUUGGACCCAAGCGACUUACGGCUACGGAGCUAUCCAUUUCCACGAAGAUGAUCUAGACGACGCGAAAUGGGAGACGAAUUUCUCCAUCACAAUUCCAUCAACAGCUCGCUCAGGUGCAUAUGCCGUUGAAGUCAAGUGUGAGAACGGUGUAAGCGACAUGAUCACUUUCUUUGUUCGUCCGAAUCAAAAAUCAACGGCACGGGUGGCGCUGGUCCUAUCAACUUUCACAUAUCUCGCAUAUGCCAACGAACGGAUGUUUGAUAUGUCUAGAUCGUCAGCGAUGACAACCCCUGAUGGAGUCAGCAUUGCGGAUGAGCACGAAUAUUUCAAGGGCCUGGAUCGGCGGCCGGAUUUAGGACUCUCGGCCUACGAUGUUCAUAGAGAUGGUUCCCCGACUGCAUUCUCCAGUGCUCUUCGGCCCAUAUUAAAUCUGAGGCCUGGAUAUGUGCAUUGGGCGCUGGGCAGACCUCGCGAAUUCAGCGCUGAUCUUCUUAUGAUUGGCUUCCUGGAACGCUCUGGAAUUCCGUACGAUACCAUCACAGACCAUUGCUUACACACUGGAGGCCAUCAGGCAGCUUCCCAAUAUACGACAAUGAUAACCAGCUGUCAUCCCGAAUAUCACUCUCUCCAUACCCUUGAUGCUUUUAGUUGCUUUGCAAAGUCAGGCGGUAGCUUGAUGUAUUUGGGCGGAAAUGGCUUCUACUGGGUCGCCGACAUUGACUCCAAGCGUCCUCAUCGUCUCGAAGUCCGGAAAGGUGAUCAAGGUUGCCGGUCUGUGACGUUUCCCGCAGGUGAACGUAUGCACGGUCUCACCGGGAACCUCGGAGGACUCUGGCGCAGCCGUGGCCGCGCUCCCAACUACCUCUUCGGUAUCGGAUCAUGCGCAUUCGGUACUGGCAAAGGAAAGCCUUAUAGGAUAAACUCAAAAUAUGCUCAGGAUCCUGCGCUUGCAUGGGUUUUUAAGGGUAUCGACCCCAAUGGACCCAUUGGCGUGGAUGGCUUCGGUGGUGGUGCCAGCGGAGACGAGAUUGAUCGCUUGGACUUCGACCUUGGAACACCAACCAAUACGAUCCUCCUAGGAAGCAGCGAGCAGCACGAUGAUACCUUUGGACUUUUCAAUGAGGAGUCUAUGUUCCCCAUGGUGAACACUCUCGGUUCGAACUGUGACCGCGUCAGAAGCGACCUGACAUAUUACGACACGGCCGGAGGCGGCGCGGUUUUUGCUGUUGGCAGUAUCAACUGGUAUAGCAGUCUUGCCUGGGACACAUAUGACAACAAUGUAGCUAGAAUGACCGACAAUGUGCUGAGAGAGUUUGUAAGGAGAGGAAAGGGCCAAGGGCAGCAAUUGAAGGAAACGUAAAUCUAGGGAAGAGGGAAG